GCUCCGAUACAUGUAACAGGUAAAUAGACCAGAGCAGAAUAUUCAUUGGACAGAUCUGUUACGGCACAGUCACAGCAGAUUCUGCAGAGCAUAAGGCCUCUGGACACCGAACCUUUUCAGGGCAGACUUCCUCACAUGCCUACAUAAUUCCCCAAAAUCAUGGAGAAAGUGAUUUUGAUCCUUUGUCUCUCAAUUUCCUGUUACAUGGCUAAUGCAUUAUCUCCAUUGCACUCUAAUCGUAUGGGAGAUAUCAGGAGGCCUCUUCCCGUGGGGCAAAGAGUGGAUGGAUUUCUGCUCUUGGAUACACCAGUCAGGUAUUACUUUACAGUGAACAAAACUCAGAGUGCAGUAACCAUAAGAGUGACUCCCUGUGAAUCGCCAAUCUUGUGGACGGUGUCUGUCCUCUCCACUCAGGAUUAUUCUGAGCACCUCAUUACUCAAAAAAAGUAUCAUCACAUAGGCCCUCAGAGAAUAUUUGUUUUCAAAGGAAAUGGAGAAGAAUCAUUCUCAUCCAAAGUGAGGUCCGAAGGCUAUUACUUUCUUGAUUUCAUGUCACUCGAAUCUGACACAAGUAUACAGGUCUUUGUCUGGAACCAAGGGGAUCAAUCUGUCCCAUGGCCUAGACUCCCUGAGAAUCCUCGGGUACAUAUCGUUUCAGUAGAAGAAAACAAAAUUGAUUUGUCUUGGGAACAAAGCUUGGGGCCUGCUAAGGCUGAGUUUGAGUACUGCUUGUUUAUCAAUAGGAAACAUAACUACAAGACAUUGUGUGCGACUGAGCUAGAUGCAAAGAAUGAACUUGAAUAUUAUCAAGACAAUUUAGAUACCAAAGUAAAGAAAUCACUAAAUAUAAUUACGGAGAAGUCCAAAAGUAAAGAAUAUUUUUACCCAAAGUCCUAUGUGAAGGUUUCAGAUAUGGUGGAAGAUGAUAACUUUUUGUCUUCUAAAUCUUUGGCUGGAGGUCAAAGAAUGUGUGUGGGGACUUCCCUAAAUGCUACUAUACAUGAUCUAAGACCUAAAAGCCUUUACUAUGUUGAUGUCUUUGCCGUGAAUCCUAAGGAUGGUACUAGUGUGGCUUAUACUGGUACUUUUGCUGAGACCAAAUCCAAAAAAAUAACCCAGAUACCAAAACUUCCUGAUGAAGAAAUGGUGAACAUUUUUCUGAAACGUAAAGGUGUUAAAAUAAUGAGUAUCAAUCCAUCUAUCAAUAGAUUAAGAUGGCUUUUUGUUCAUUCUUGCCUCCAUAAAGCUCAUAUACAAAUCAUGGUAAAUGGUCGAAUAGAAGUUUCUAGAAGUGUGCAAGGAGCCCACAAUUUCAAACUUCUUGGAAAUCCAAUGGAUAACUUUAUCAUUAGCUUAAAAUCAAGUAAGGGAGGUGCAGGCUUGGUGAAGCUCUUUACUACUACUGCUCAUAAUCAUUUACCAUUUUCCAACUUACCUCCUGAGAGUCCUGACAUCAACUUGUCUGUAUCUAAGAGAUCAUGCUCCUCUGCCACAGUGACCUGGACAGGAACUGGUCCUGGAAUCAAGUACUGCAUCUACGUCAGACACCUAAAGCAUCAUUUGGAUCUGAAGCUGAUACACAAACAUCAGAACAGCUGCCUAAACACUAAUGCUAGAUCAAGGACUGAGAAAGUUGUUUGUCGACAGGCUGGAAGUCAAACUACUUUGGAAGAGCAUAUAACAGAUUUGAAACCUGGUAAAGCCUAUCUCAUUGAUCUGUACUUUAUUGGCCUCCAUAACAACACAAUAAAGUUCCCAAGUCAGGUUGUGAAGGCUCAGGAAUGGUGUACUUAAGUUGAUUAGGAGGAAACCUGACCUUAAGAACCUUGCCGUCUGCAUUCUCACUUAGCAAUUACUCACUUAUCACAUACAUACUCUGAUAGAAUGAUGGUUAAUAUUACUGGGUGACUAUUUCUACCUUUUAAUUGCUAAAAUAUAAAAUAUACCUUGAACAUAAGCAGGUGGUGGCUGCUGUUAAGACAACGAGGAGCAGAUUUAUUAAACAAAUUACUGUAAAUAAGUGUGUUGGAAACAUACCCAGAUUCCUUAAAUUGUUUUCUAUCUGUCUCUGAAGGACUCAAUGUGUAUUAUAUAUACAGCUCAUUUAUUUCAAUAUAGACUAUGCAAUGUUUAAUUUCCAUUGUGGUGGUGCUGCAGGAGAAUUGAACACUUCUUGCCAUGUUGCCCCAUAGACUGCAAUUGAUCACUGGAGAUCCAAGGAGCAGGAGAACCUGUUAUCUUAUAUUUUGGAAACCCUUCUAACAUAAAGACAAUCCUAUUAAUCUGUCAGAAUCCUGGUUCUUUAAUGUUACUUCACUCUCCCAGAUGGCAGGUUGCAAUAAUGUACUAAAUUUCAUGUUAUUAUAUGACAUGAUAUUGGUUAGAAAUGCACGUGUAGUUUAUAUUCCUUUAUUAUAUCCAGUGUUUUAUUUAUAUAGCAUCACUGUGUUCUGCCAGAAAAUGCUAUUCACGCACAUUAGUACCAGCAGAACAUACAAGAUUAGAAGGCGUUGCCACUAUCCAAGUCACAAUUGACCAAACAACAUUAGUUCUAUGUGGCAUCUAUGUUCAUCCAUUGACUAUAAUAGGCAGACCAUGAAGCCUGGAAAAAGUCAUGCGUAGUCAACAGGAGUUGAAGUAUUAUGAUGCUAGAGCCAAAGCCACUUCAUUCUAGUGAUCAGCUGGGUAUGACAAGGUUUGGACUACCACUUAGUGAACAUUGAUGACAUAUUACUAAUCUCCUAGAGACCCCCUCAGGGGAUGUCUGGGAACCUUAAAAUAUAGCUCAAUACUGGAGCAAUAGACACUUAACUUGUUAACAUACUGUCCAUCAAAGAUUGGUUUCCAUCUGAUUGAUCAUGCAUGGAAAGAAUUGUUGGUUUACAUAAAGCUAUUCAUAGAUACAAAUAGGAAAUGGCUAUGUUAUGUACAUGUUACAUCAACAUAAAAUAAUGUUAUAGAGGACAGCAGAAGACAGACUUACUGCUUACAAGAGCAUCUAGAGAGAUGCCGUAAAGGAUUAGUUGGCUCCUCAGAAAAUUGGCUGAGGGGACAUGUUAAUUUGCACACAGUGAUCACUAAGACCCCACUAAGACUUCAGUAAAUUUCCGUGGGAUCUAAAGAUUUUCUAAUUAAAACCAUUUUCUUUUUCUGAUUGAUAUUCAAAGUAAGGAAACAUACAACCCCAAAUUGUAUUACAUAUAAUAUUAUGUUAUUUGAGGUCCAUUUGUAUACUCCUGAAGAUCCUAUUUAAGAAUUUAGCGGCUAAAUGUUAGUUUCACUUUCACUGCCUUUUUUAUUUUUUUAUUCUGUCAAUGUAAAUAAAUUAAAAAAUUAAAGCAAAUUUGCAAAAGGUUAAUAAAAAAUUCCAACUAUUACCAUUUUGUUUCUACAGCUCAUAUGCAGACUAUGAAUCUCCUUGGUAAAAGACAACAAAAGACUGUAUCUGUCCUCUACUUUUGGUUAACCUACUAAAUGUAGGGGAUAAAUGCAAGAGACUACAAGACUACAGGAGCUCUAGUAAUAAAAUAAUAGGGAAGACCUAUUGCAAAGUUGCUUCAAUUUUCAUUUUAGAUAUAUUGAAACAAUACAAAUAAUAGAGAUUGAAAAACACAAACAACAUGACACGCUAUAAUAUGCAAUUAUCACAUCAACCCCAUGUGGGGUUUUGCCUUUGCUCACAUGUUAUUUGGCAUUGUACCAGUAACAAAGAAUAUUUAUUGUAUUUUUUAUUCUUUCUGUUGAAAUAUCUGCACAAAGUAAAAUAAAUAUGUACAAUAAUAUUAAAUAUUAUGAGAUAUUUUACCUUAAAAUCAAGAGGCCUAUUAUACUAUGGUGAAGUUCCAUUCCAUUAGGUUUGCCUAAAGAGAUUAUUUAAAAUAACUCUAAACACACAAAAUCUACAAAUUAGACCCUGCCAUUUACUAUCAUCAUCUCUGCCUUUUUUUUUUGUUCUGUUUGACUUAUGUUACAAUGAAAACCGAGAAAUAUAUAAAGAAUUCUUUUCUCUGUGUCACAAGAGCUCAGCCAUGCCCCUUUCUGUCCUAUGUCUGACUGUAAGAUAACUGGCUGGAGCAGAACCCCCCAGCCCCUUUCCCUCUGCACUGUCUGCAGCAGGACAAUAACAU